AACGAGUAACAUCAUUUUUGGUGGAAGACAAACUGCAGAGGAUAGGAAACAGUGCUGCAUGCAGGGAAUGCAAGGCGGAACAGAAGAAGGUACCUUCUAGCUGUUGGCACACCAUUUAAAGGUUAUGGAAUCCACCCAGGAAGACAUUAGAUGCUGCUUCUCCUAGUGCUGAGCGUGCUGACGAUACCGCUACCUGGGGAUGGAGCGUUUCACCUGAACAUCACAGAAGGCUGCAAACUCAUCUUCCCUCCUUGGGAUGGUGGCAUCCGUUACCGAGGCUUAACCCGCGAACAGGUGAAGACUGCCCGCUUCCUGCCCUUCGACUAUGAGAUUGAAUACGUAUGCCGUCCCGAACGUGAGAUCGUGGGGCCCAAAGUGCGCAAGUGCCUGCCCAAUGGCACCUGGACAAACAGUGAUGUCGAAAGCCGCUGCUUACGCACCUGUCCCAAGAUGCACCUGAGCCUGGAGAAUGGGCAAGUGCAUGUCCAGGCAAUUGAGCGGGUGCCAGUUGAAGGCACCUGGGUGGAGUAUCGCUGCAAUCCUGGCUUUCACCUGGUGGGUAGCCCCCGCAGCAACUGCACCAAGGUGGGCCGUUGGAGUUCUGCCAAGCCUGUCUGCGAAUUGUGGCGCCCUCCUGUUUCCAGGUCUGGAUCAGGCCCUCGAGCCCUCCCGUCAUAAAGAAUGUUGAAUGGGAAAAAUCCAGCCGCUUUUUACGGCCCAUUCCUGAAAACAACAAUA